GCCUUUACGUACAGUAGGAUUUUCCGCAAAAGUUGUCAAAUCGACUGAAACUUUUUUUUGUACUGACUUUAUGAAUAGAAAGAGCCACCAUGAUUCAAAGUGGCCGGGGUGUGGCGGCGAACUAGCGUCAUCGUUUGACAUAUUUUGCCGUUUAGCUGGAAGCGUGGGCGGAGUAAACCCCGUGCUCGGAGCUUUUUUACCGUGGGAGUGAACGCAUCCGGAGCUGCUCACUCACUCCGGACUGUAAACACCAACAAGCGGUGUGGCUCGACGGGACAUACGGGUAGAAAACCGACUCCCGAACGCCGAGAAUGUCCUUUCAAAUGCGGCUACUUCGCUAAAGUGUUGUGUUGACGGGGGUUAAAAGAAGACGAGACUGGAACACUUCUCAUGUAAUUGAAGUACCUUUUGACUAACCCAAGAAUCCAGCUGGGCACCCAGCAACAGGGUCCGCUAUGGCCGCGCACCCGGGCGGCGACGGAGGCGUCCCCGCCCUCGGCUCGGAGCUGCCGGCCAUGUUCGACGGUGUGAAGAUGGCGGCGGUGGCCACCGUCCUCUACGUCAUCGUCCGCUGCCUCAACCUGAAGAGUACCCCCUCGCCGCCGGAGGUCAGCCACCAGGACACGCCGCUCGCCCGCUACCUGCUCAAAAGCUGCCCCCUCCUAACUAAAGAAUACAUUCCACCCCUGCUGUGGGGAAAGAGCGGGCACAUCCAGACGGCGCUCUACGGGAAGAUGGGACGCGUGCGUACGCCUACGCCCCACGGGGUCCGCGAGCUCCUCCCCAUGCCUGACGGGGCCACAGCCAGCUUUGACCUCUUCCAGCCGCUGGUGGAGCAUUGCACAGGAGACGACAUCACCAUGGUCAUCUGCCCCGGCUUCGGUAACCAUAGCGAGCAGAACUACAUUCGCACCUUUGUGGAUCACUCCCAGCGGCAGGGCUACCGUUGUGCCGUGCUCAACCACUUGGGAGCGUUGCCCGACAUGGAGCUUACCUCUCCGCGCAUGUUUACCUACGGUUGUACUUGGGAGUUCGCAGCCAUGGUCAGCUACGUGAAGCAAGCGCUCCCUCGCACGCUACUGGUGGUGGUGGGCUUCAGUUUGGGCGGCAACAUCGCAUGUAAAUUUCUGGGAGAGAAUCCGUCCAAUCAGGAGCGAGUGCUAUGCUGCGUCAGCGUCUGUCAGGGUUACAACGCACUCAGAGCACAAGAAACUUUCCUUCAGUGGGACCAAUGCCGACGACUUUACAACUUCUUAAUGGCCGAAAGACUCAAGAAGCUCAUCUUGUCGCACAGGAACAGUUUGCUGGGCGUCACUUCCAGCAACAUCAGCGACGCCGACCUGAGUCAACUGUGCGCUGCCACGUCGCUCUCGCAGAUUGACGACAGCGUCAUGAGAAAGUUCCACGGGUAUAGCUCCCUGGACGAGUACUACAAGCAGGAGAGCUGCGUGCGCUACAUGCACAAGGUGACCGUGCCGCUCCUCCUGAUGAAUUCAUCCGACGACCCGCUGGUCCAUCGUUCCCUUUUGGCCAUCCCGCGAUCGCUCUCAGACUCACCACUGUUCCAGCUAUUGAGUCUGGCCACCAUUCCAGCGGAUACAAUUUCCAGGGCGGAGCAAGCCACAGCAAACAGACAGCGGAGUGGACCAAUCAGCGACGGGCAGACGUGACGUUAGUAAAAUGACGACAUCUCUCAAUGACGAGGGAAGGACGAGGGACUUGCGCGCGGAAGUAAACAUACGAAGAGAGCGGCGUUUAUUCAACAUGGCUAGCGCGAGACAGACUGUUGUCAAUGACUCGUGUCAAUGUGUUUUUGGUCAUUUAAAAGGAAUUUUACCGUGGAUUGGAACAUAUUCUCGGCUCUCCCGUUCACCAUCUGUGUUGGAGACGGCUUUCGACGCGCAAGAGUGACGUUGCUCUUUAAGAACACGUCACGCAAAUAAACGAAUCUGAUUUGUCGAUUGAUUUUGUACCUGCUCGAAAGGCCGUUAAUGGGAUGGUUCCCAGACUAUUUCUCUCAGUGUUUGAAAAAUACAGGGAGAAUAGUCUGGCAGAGCCAGGCAAACAAAACCCUCCUACCACAACACAACAAGUAGGAAGUAAUAUUCACAUAGGAACUAAAGUUAUACAACAUAAAAUAUACAAUAUAAAUGAAUACUACAUCACAUUUGUAAAAUAUAAACACACAAUAAAAUAAAUAAUAGCCCAUUUAAAUAAAAUAAAUUGAAAUGAGCCAAAACACCUGUAAUUGAAUAAUGAGAAUAAUACACACAUCCUGCUUACACAAUUAAAUGUAUUAAUUUCUGUGUGGCGCUUUAACUUGAGAAAAUCCACCAAUGAAGCUUUUGAAAACCGUUCAUAAGGGGGAAAAAAAUCAUUGAGGCAUUUCAUUUGCAAAGUACAUGUUAAAAUCUUUGUCAUUGGGAUUGCUUUUCUCUUUAGCACAGGACUUCUUUUUUCUUCUUUCUUUCAGAAAGAAAGCUGACCAAUACGCGGGGUCUGAAAGGCAAAUUGUUGUUGGAUUAUCUUUAAAUACCCGCUACUUUUUGAGUACACAAUGUGAAGUUUAAAGGGUUUGGGGGACAAUUGGCCCCGGGGCCGGAUGUAUGGGUGGGCCGGGGUGGGCACGGCCCACUCAGACGUGAGUCGUGCCCACCCAAUCAAAAUGUCGGGAAUAUCUAUUGUAGCGUCGCACUGGAUAUAUAGAACGCACGGAGAGUUGGUCACACCUACUUUUUUAUAGCAGGAUUAACGGUUACUGUUGGCCGCAACAACGCCGAACAAGCAAUCACCUAAACAAGCUGUUUUUCCAACCUCGUUUGUUAUCCGCGCGCUUCCUCUCUCUCCUCUAGGCACAUACACACACGCACCCUCCGCUCGCCCCGCCCACUCCUACUCAUCCAACCACACACCCAUCCGUGCCAGAGGCGUUCGCUGACGGUAGGAAGCUGAUAGAACAGCAAUAAUACUGUGGGGUCGUUACACUAAAUAUUCGGUCAAAGAAAGUAAAAAGAUAUCACAAUAUCUGUACCAAUACCAUAUUAUUGGGUGGGCAGCCGUUUUCCUCCCGACAGAACAUAAAAAAGUGUUUUUGCCAGCGAUGCCGAGUAGCUGUAAAAGCUGUAUGAGUACCAAGUAGCUCUACCGAUUUCACCAAUGAGACGUCGCAAAAAUAAUCACAUGACUCCAUUAUACAAAUCAGACGCAAGCUUGCCGUCCUAGCUUCACGCCAGCCUGCUCAAUCAUGUGGUCUUUAGUACCGUAAAAAAAUGAAGUAUUUUAUAUUGAGCGCUGCUCUCAACAGGACUCAAAAGUGCGGAUUUUAACCUCUAUACCAGUUUUUAUUUGGCAUUGAUUGACUAAGGAUAACCGGAUAUAUGCUCCUUUUAAUUUCUAAAUAGUAUAAUAAUAAUGAAGAAACUCUUCACUAUUCAAACUAGGAACUAUUUUUUCCACCAGAGGGCACUCAUGCUCUUUGGGCGAAGAAUGCCUCGUUUAUGGUUUUUUUCUCUCUCAUUGGAAUACUUUUUUUUUUUGUAUUUCUUUGGCUUUAUGCGGUUAUGUAAUGUGUUAUUGUCCAGUAUCAUUAUAACAACGGUUCAUAUACCAUUGUUAAAAAAAAAAAUAAAAAAAUAAAAAAAAUUAAACAAAAAUAAGCAGUUACUCAAAAUGUCACUCUUAAUUGAGUAUUCUUUUCACUGCAUACUUUUUUAUUUGUACUUGAGUACAUUUUUUGGAUGACUACUUUUACUCUUACUUGAGUAAUAUUAGUUUGAAGUAACACUACUCUUUGCUGAGUAAAAAUUUUGGCUGCUCUACCCACCUCUGCGUUUAAAUAUUGCAAUUUAAAUUUGCUUAUAAAAUCCAGACACUUAUUCUGGAAGUUUUCAAAAUGUUUCUGAAGUAGUUUUUAAAAACAAAGGUUUAAUCAAACGGUGUACCAAUGAAACCAUUACAUAUGCACUGCACAACCCAAACCAAAAAAAAAAAAAGAAAAGCGUCCCUUGUUUUCAGUGUAAAUAUACUAGAAAUAAGUGAAAUUAUCUGAGAGUGCUUCAAUUAAAUUUACUCACUUAGAUUUCUUGAAAUAAGAAAAAUACCUAGCUGAAAAUAAGCUUUAAAAACUUCUCGGAAAUGUUUUUGAAUUCAAGAAUAGAUAUUGUUCAAAACAUUAUUUGAAAGCAUUUUUCUCUUGAUUUAGGUGAAAAAUGACCAACUUGUAGUUGUAUGGCCUUAAUAAGAACAAAUACUGUAGCACUAGUAAUAUUUACUUAAAGUAAGUGGAAGAAUCUGAUGUAUUAAUCUGUUAACCAGCCGUUAACACUCAAAACAAGAUGGAGAAAAUUAUUCGACUAGAUUUAAGAAAAAUUAAAGAAAAGCCUGCAUUGGGGGUGCCCCCUCAAGAUUUCUUAGUGCCCACUCUGGUGCGUAAACCUAGAUCCGGGCCUGAUUGGCCCUAGCCCAAUUCUUUACCCUCCACUUAACUAGACACAAGGGUAUUGCGAUAACUAGCUAGUAACCUUUGCUAUGUGUGUUAAAGUUGUGAAUCAAUCGUUAAAGUUGUUAAAAUUGCUCCCGUUAUUGCAUUAGUUCCGUUCUGUCUACUUUAAACAUGUGCAAGUUUUAAAACUGUUUCAUCAUUUAAAGAUAGAUUUAAGUUAAGAUUUUGCCGAUUUAGGAGCAUUUUAGAUUUAAAAAAAAAAAAAAAAAAAAAAAGUUACUUAGGAAGGAUCUCUACAUCAGGGCCUUCCUGAGAGGUUUACUGCUUUAAGAUGGCGGCUGUUUACGUUAUAACGCAUGUAGUCCUUAAAACAUGUUGGCAAUGCAGCAGUGUCUGUCAUUUGCAUCUAGUUCUAUAAUAUGAUAUCUACCGUGUCAUGUGGGCGUAGUUUGUCGGCUAUGGCUACAGUCAGGUAUUAUUGGAGCCACCUAGCAUCGCGGUUGCAACGGCGUCUUCCCCACUCCUGCUGUGCUCUCGUCCCCGUGAGGCCGUUUCUCUCAGACUUUUUUUAUUCAACCAACUUAGUAACGCACGCCUUUCCCACCUCAGUAACGGUAACGGCGUUGCCAAGAUGAGAAAAGUAAUUAAUUAGAUUACUCAUUACUAAAAAAAAAUAACGCCGUUAGUAACGCCGUUAUAUUGUAACGCCGUUAUUAACAACACUGGCAAUAAACAACUAGCGCAUUUUUAUUUUGCACUUUGUUUUUUUACUGUCCCGAAAAUGAACCGAACCGUGACCUCAAAACCGAGGUACGUACCGAACCGAGAUUUUUGUGUACCGUUACACCCCUAGCAAGUACAAAGACUUGUAGGAGUUACUAGUACGUGCAAGUACACAGACUUGUAGUACGAGUACGUGUGCUUGCAGUAUUAGUAUGUGCAAGUACACAGACUUGCAGUUCUAGUACAUGUGCUGGCAGUUCUAGUAUGUGCAAGUGCACAGACUUGUAGGACAAGUACUUGCAAGUACACAUACUUGUACUAGUACAUGUGCUUGCAGUACUAGUACAUGCAAGUACAUAGACUUGUAGUACUAGUACACGUGCUUGCAGUAUUAGGACCUGCAAGUACACAUGUUUGUAUUACAAGUACUUGGAAAUACACAUACUUAAACGUACAUACACAUACAUGUCCUUGUAGUACUAAUACAUGUGCUUGCAGUAUUACUUGGAAGUACACAUACUUGUAGUACUAGUAAAUAUGCCUGUUGUACUAGUACAUGUGCUUGCAGUACUAACACAUGCAAAUACACAGACUUGCAGUAUUAGGACAUGCAAGUACACAUGUUUACAGUACAAGUACUUACAAGUACUUGAAGUAUUAGGCCGUGCGGGUACACAUGUUUAUAGUACAAGGACUUGCAAAUACACAUACUUGUUGUACUAGUACAUGUGCUUGCAGUACUAGUAUGUGCAAGUACACGUUUGUAGUUCAAUUACUUGGAAGCACACAUACUUGUAGUACUAGUAGACGUGUUUGCAGUACUAGUCAACGCAAGUACACGUGCAAAACUUUCAAUAUACAGUAUUUAUAUAUACUGUAUAUGUUUUUGAUAAGAAUGCGCACUCUAGUGGGAGGAAGAGGGAAUGCAGAGGAAACUGCGGUGCCUUAGAUAGACUGAAAUGUGCGGUUUUUAAAAUCGAACGUACCGAUUUGAAUAUUUUUAACAUCGUUUUAUCCAGAAAAGUCUGUUUUGGUUCAUAAUCGAUUAAUUGGACAGACAUACAUUGUACUGUCCUCGCCAAGACGCUGGAGUUAAUUCAUAGCUAGACAGCGACCCUCUCUCUCACUCUUGCGCUCUUUUUCGUGGGAGCAAAUGCGUUCAUCACCAAACAAAAGUCAACAUUAUAAUCAAAUACACAUUUCGCCAAAUGGCAGAGCAGUCAUAUUAAUGAAAUAAAGUAAAAAACAAGAUUCUGUGAGAUUUAAUGAGGUACUGUUUACGCAACCAAAAAAAUAAAGACUGGAGACGAAAUGGCCGCCGAGACUCAGGUGUCGUAAAGUCGAAAUCACGUAAAUCGGGUAGGUCUUAACCUGGGAACUACCUGUAAUCAUUUCAUUAUCAACAUGCUUUAAAAUAAAGUUUAUCAGCCUCAAAUAUCGGCUUACAAAAUUGGCUCUAGACAUUGGCUGAAUUUUUUUUUUUCUUUAAAAUGGGCAUCAGUCUUUGAAAAUCCCAUAUUGAUAGACCUCUAAUCUUGUAACAUUACGAAGUUUUGCUUAUGUUUAUGUAGGCUAAUUUGCUGGCUUGCAUGUUAGCAGACUGACAUUCUCUCAAAAAGCUCGUCACGCGCUCAGUUUCAGGUUUCCCGACACACGAGAAGUCCAACACUGACACCAGACGCCUGUAAAAAAGAACAAUCUUUUGUUUCGGAAGCUGACCUUCCAAGCCUCAUAUUUAAUUCAAACCUACAGCUUUAUUUAUUUAUUUUUUUGGGGGGGACCUCCAGAGAAGAUGCCCAAUGUGAUCUUCGCCCUGACUCAGCACGGCGGCCAUUUGGGCUUCUUCGAAGGAGACGUGCUCUUCCCUCUGCCCCUCACGUGGAUGGACAAAGUCAUCGUGGAGUUCGCCAACGCCGUCUGCCACUGGCAGAGCG